GUCGGGUUGUUUGGUCGCGGGGCCGUUCGAGCUCGUCGAAAGCGCGGGGAGGGGCGGAGCGGGGGGCGCCCGUUUGGCCGGCCGCGGAGGCCCCUCAGGGCGGGGGCCCGAAGAUGGACGUCCUCCGGGCGGAGAUCGAGCGGAAGCGGAAGCUGAUGGAGGAGAAGGAGCUGCUGGCGGGAAAUAAAAAAUACUUUAAACGCAGUGAGCUAGCCAAGAAGGAAACGGAGGCAUAUUUCGAAAGAUGUGGCUACAAGCCUGUAAACGAGAAGCCACCAGGAGAGGCACAAGAAAAAGAGCAGGAGGAGCAGGAGAAGCUGGCGUCGUCCAAUCCAGUGUUGGAGUUAGAGCUGGCGGAGGAGAAAUUGCCCAUGACUCUUUCUAGGCAAGAGGUCAUUAGGAGGUUGAGAGAAAGGGGUGAACCUGUGAGGCUGUUUGGAGAAACGGAUUACGAUGCCUUUCAGCGGUUGCGAAAGAUUGAAAUUCUAGCACCAGAAGUGAACAAAGGCUUGAGAAACGACCUGAAGGCUGCUUUGGAUAAGAUUGACCAGCAGUAUCUAAACGAGCUCGUCGGUGGCCAGGAGCAGGGAGAGGAUGACACGCAGAACGAUCUCAAAGUCCACGAAGAAAACACCACCAUUGAAGAGCUGGAGGCUUUGGGGAAAUCAUUAGGGAAAGGUGAUGAUCAUAAAGACAUGGAUAUUAUAACCAAAUUCUUGAAGUUCCUUCUUGGAGUCUGGGCUAAGGAGCUGAACGCCAGAGAGGAUUACGUGAAGCGCGGCGUGCAGGGGAAACUGAACAGUGCCACUCAGAAGCAGACGGAAUCCUACCUGAGACCUCUGUUCAGGAAACUCCGGAAGAGGACCAUUCCUGCAGACAUCAAAGAAUCAAUAACGGAUAUUAUCAAGUUCAUGUUGCAAAGAGAGUACGUGAAGGCAAACGACGCCUACCUCCAGAUGGCCAUCGGCAACGCUCCCUGGCCCAUUGGCGUCACUAUGGUCGGCAUCCACGCCCGAACUGGCCGAGAAAAGAUUUUCUCAAAGCAUGUGGCCCACGUGCUGAACGAUGAAACUCAGAGGAAGUACAUCCAGGGCCUGAAGAGGCUAAUGACCAUUUGCCAGAAGCACUUCCCGACAGACCCAUCCAAAUGCGUGGAGUACAAUGCACUGUAAUGGGUCAUUGUCCCUGGCUGGGAGAGGAGACGACCGGGACUAUGAGACACCUCGGUUUGGCAGUCAGGGUGGGUUGUGGGCAGGAGACAGGGCUGGGCUUUGCCUGGGCCAGGCUCUGUUCAACACACUACACGCAGCCGUGCUUUGAUGAACUUCCAGGCCACAAUGGGUGCGUGUGGCAGGCCUGGGUCAAGAGGCACUCUCGCAUUCAUGGGGGCGAUGUCUUUCACUGAACUUUCAUCAGAUCAGCGUUUAGCUUUUAAAGGGCUGAUGCUGUGGAUUGGAAGCUUAGUGCUAAUGAUUGCUAUGUUGGAGGCUGCUUGGAUUUGUUGCCCUUCGUUAUAAGGGGGGAAUGCAGUUCUCAUGGUUCGUUUCCCAGCUUGGGUUGCACCCCAAGGAUCUGUCCUACUAGCCGCGAAGGGGGUUUCCUCCUCUGCCAGAAGGAGCUUUUCCCUGCCACAGAACUCUCGGAAGGGAUCUGUGGAAUCCGGCCCUCUGUGGCACCUUCUUCGAUGAGCCUUUGGAGUGUUUCACAGCAGUACGACGUGGGACUCAAAUACAACCUCAAGAACGCUUUUACUCACCCCAUCCAAGUUUUCCAGUGUGAAACAUAGCAGAUGGGAAUAUCUUGCUGUCCUUUUGCAUUUGACGGCAGUGGACCAACACGGCAUUUGAUGUUGUGGAAUAUAUUAACCUAUAAAAAGCUGUGCUUUCCUGA